AUGCCGGGCAUGGUUUCGGUUUCUUACAUCGCCUGGACAUACCGAGCUCCGGUCUCGUGCUCUGUGGUAUCUCCUAUGCAGGCUACUACUGCCUACGGCUGCAGCUGGACACCCAGACCCUACAGCGAGAGUAUUUCAUCCUUGCCCACGAUCUUCCGGAUGACCUGUCCAUCAUCGAGGCGCGAAUCGACGUGGCACCUUCGCCUUCACAGCGACGGAGUGUCAGCGACAUCGGUAGGCCGGCAACCACGCAUUUGCGCACACUGGCGCAUUUUCGUGAUGCCCUUUUCGCCACGGGCAUUCGGAUUGCCACAGGCCAGAAGUUUUUGCGCAGUGACAGUCGAAAGUCCGGCUUUAGAACGCAGAGAAUCGUGUGUGCGCCGGUUCUGUAUGGGGUCAUCCGUUGUUGCUGGUACAGUGCAGGAUGUCCAUGCAGGACAUGUUGCAGUCGUUGCUUCCCUCCUGACAGUGGGAGAUGGGCAUGACACCUGGCGAAGUCGAUAUCAUCUAAACCUAGUAGUAGAAUAG